AUGCACUGCAACUUCAAUGGCACCGUCUUCCCUGGCUGCUACUGGGGCAGCUUUGGCUACCCACUGGGGUACAGCGUUGGCUGUGGUUAUGGUAGCACCUAUUCCCCAGUGGGCUAUGGCUUUGGCUAUGGUUAUGGUGGCUGCGGGUCUUUUGGCUACAGGAGAUACUGGCCCUAUGCUCUCUAUCAAACAGACACCUGGGUCCUGAAGGAAGAAGAGGAACAACAAGAAGAUGCCUGCAGCAGCCUUGCUUGCAUGAUGUUUGCUGUGAGGACCUGCAUUUCUUUGGAAAUUCUCCUCAUGGUCAUGGCUCUUGUCAUGAUGAAGUUGUAG